GCAGCUACUCUGUGGCGGUGUUAGCGUCCCAGAACCGGUCUGCUCAGGCUCAACUGGAAGCUAAGGGGUAAAAACUCAGAAAACCAAUUACUCUUUUCUGGUGAGGCUUCUAGAAGAGCAAGAAUAGCGACAUGAUUAUGCCUACAACCCUAUAGGGAUUGGUCCCUCUGCCUUCCCUCUCACAGCUGUGGCCAGUUAACCUUUUUGUGUUCAAUGCCAAAAUGAGUGACCGCUAUUUAGAACAAAGGAUUAGUAUCAAAUUUUGCGUGAAAUUGAACAAGUCUGCAAGUGAGACCCACCAUCUUUUAAAAGAAGCUUAUGGGGAUGAAGUCAUGUCGAGGGCCAGGGUUUUUGACUGGCACAAAAGAUUUAAAGAAGGGCGGGAAGAUGUUCGAGAUGAUGCGCGAAGUGGUCGUCCGGUCACCCACCGGACAGAUGAAAAUAUUCGGAAAGUCAAGGACUUGGUUUGUUCAAACAGGCAGUUGACGGUGAGGAUGAUGGCUAAUGAAUUAAAUUUAGAUAAAGAAACUGUAAGACUCAUUCUCAAAGAAAACUUGAACAUGAGGAAGAUUUCUGCAGAAGUUAUAUCAGGUAUUUUGAAGGAUGAGCCUAGUCCUGGAAAACAUGACUUUAAGUCGGAUCUUUCAAAGGAAACUGGGAAAAAUGUAACAAGUUAUGAGGCAUGGAGUCUUCAAGGUGAAGCUAGUGGGGAAGGGCCCCUGUCUGUAUCCCAUCCCAGAAUCCACUGCCCUGCCAGCCUGCUUCUUCAUGCUUCAUCUUCAACAAGCCUUCCCACCAGGGUAGCUCAGGAUUGGUUCAUACCGUGGUGA